AUGGAUUUCCUGGUGGAUUGGAACCACACAGCAGUGACACAGUUCAUCUUACUUGGCUUAACAAAUGACCCAGUCCUUCGAGUCAUCCUCUUCAUCAUUGUCCUGUGCAUCCUGGUGACCAUGUUUGGAAACCUCAGCAAAAUCCUGCUAAUCAGAAUCUCUCCUCAACUCAAUUACCCCAUGUACUUUUCACUGAGCCAUUUGGCUUCUACUGACAUAGGCAUCUCAUCUUCUGUCACACCCAAUAUGCUUGUCAACUUUCUGGUGGAGAGGAGUACCAUCUCCUACCUUGGGUGUGUCAUCCAGCUUGACUCAGCUGCUUUCUUUGGGAUAGUUGAGUGCUUCCUUCUGGCUGUCAUGGCUUAUGACCGCUUUGUGGCAAUCUGUAGCCCACUGCUUUAUUCAACCAAAAUGUCCACACAGGUCUGUGUUCUACUGCUUAUAGGAUCUUACACAUGUGGUUUUCUUAGUGAUUCCUCCUGUACCUUUUUCUUCUUUUCUUUUAACUUCCAUGGACCAAACAGAAUCAAUCAGUUUUUCUGUGAUUUGACACCUUUAGUUGAACUCUCCUGUUCAGAUGUCAGGAUCUCCACAAUUAUUACUACAUUUUAUUCUGGGACUACAGUUGUGAUCACAUUGUUAGUCAUAGGUACCUCCUACACCUACAUCCUCAUCACCAUCCUGAAGAUGCCCUCCACUGAGGGUCGCCAGAAGGCCUUCUCCACCUGCACCUCCCACCUCACUGCAGUCACUUUGUACUAUGGGACUACCACAUUCAUUUAUGUGAUGCCCAAGUCCAGUUACUCCACUGACCAGAAUAAGGUGGUGUCUGUGUUCUACAUGGUUUUGAUCCCGAUGUUGAACCCUCUCAUCUACAGUCUGAAGAAUAAUGAGAUUAAGGGAGCUCUGAAGAGACAACUUGGUAAGAAAAUAUUUUCUGAGAGAUGUCUUUUUAGGGUUUGA